AUGUCUCAAGAAGAUAAAAUUAUUUUGCAUUGGCUUGAAAAGUCAAGAUCUCACAGAAUAUUAUGGUUAUUGGAAGAAUUGAAUCUCGAAUAUGAAUUAAAGGUAUACAGAAGAACCAAGGAUUACCGUGCACCACCAGAAUUAAACAAGGUGCACCCAUUGGGGAAGUCACCUGUCAUCGAGAUCAUUAAGCCAGGUAGAUCCACGCCAGUCAUCUUGGCCGAAACCGGAUAUAUGAUUGACUAUUUAAUCAGAAAUUACGAUACAGAACAAAAGUUGGUUCCUAGUGAUGAAGAUGAAAGAGAAUUGGUCAAUUACUACUUGCAAUUUGCCGAGGGUAGUCUUCAACCAUUCUUGGUGUCGUUGUUGGUCAACAACAUGGCCAAAAAAAUGGCACCAUUUGGGGCUGGCUUUUUGGUUAACAAGGUGGUGCUGCAGAUCAAUAAUUUAUAUUACGGCCCAGAAUUAAUGAAGGCCCUCGACUUUUUGGAAAAUAACUUGAAAAAGGGCAACGGUGAGUACUUUGUAGGCAACAAAUUGACCGGUGCUGAUAUUAUUUUGAGUUUCCCAAUAUAUGACAAUGUAUUCGGCGACCUCGAAAGAACAAAGGCUAUGACUGGCGGUAAGUUUGAUGUCGUUACCAAGUAUCCUACUAUGAAGGCCUGGGCUGAUAUGAUCAAGAAGGAACCUAACUUGAUCAAGGCUAACGAAAUUAUCGACUCCAAGACUGGCACAUCGAAAUUGUAA